AUGCACGUAGCCGCCCUCGUGAUGCAGCGCGACGCUGCCGCCGAGCGCGCCGCCGAGCGCGACGCCGCGCCGCGUCCCACACUCCCCCGCGUCGACUCCGAGCUCACCUUGUACUCUCCCUCCCUCACCUCGCCUACCUGGAAAAAAUCUCUCGACAAAGUCGACGAGCAACACUUUGAGCAGGCCGAGCACGCCGAGCACGCCCAACCCUCCAGCCGCGACUUUGCCCUUACCCGCACCGAAACCAUCCUCUCCCAAGUCGAGACGCAUCCCGGCCCUUUCCCCGAUCUCCAGCUCGCCACUAUUCCUACCCGCGAAGAGGAGGAUACCUAUGGUCCACCGCCUGAUGGGGGACGCGAGGCGUGGCUGGCCGUCCUUAGUGGAGCCUUGUUGUUCUUUACCAUGUUUGGGUUUGUCACCUCCUUUGGUCAACUCAAGCGUUACUACCUCAACAACCAACUCUCAUCCUACUCGCAACCCACUGUAGCUUGGAUCGCCACAAUCCAGUCCACACUCACCUUUUUUCCAUCCCUCUUCUUCGGCCGCCUCUUUGACGCCCACGGUCCCCGCCUCCUCGUAAUCCUAGGAACCUCUCUCUCUUUCUCGGCUCUUAUCGCCGUCGCAUUCUGUAAGGAAUACUACCAGUUCCUUCUCGCGCACGCUCUUUUCGGCUUUGCGACCUCGAUAAUCUGGGGCCCUAGUGCGAGUGUCUGUGGACACUGGUUCCUUCGGCGGCGCUCCACGGCCAUUGGCAUCGUGGGAUGCGGUUCGGGAAUCGGUGGUAUCAUCUACCCCAUCCUCCUCAAAGGAUUACUUGACCGGUUCAAGUUCCGCGACGCCAUCCUCAUCAUCGCGGGAAUGAAUGGGGCGAUGAUGCUCCCCGCCAUUUUCUGGCUCAAAGCCCGCCUCCCACCCCGCCAACCGGCGCCUUGGUCUGCCUUGGCCAAACCAUGGCACUCGCGCGCAUUCCUCUUUCUUGCUCUCGGAGCCGGCCUCUCCAUGCUCAACAUGUUCACUCCCUACUUUGAUGCUCCAGUCAUGGCUGCUGGAAACAACCUCUCCCCUGCCAUUAGAGACUACGCCAUUGCUAUCCUGCAAGCUGGAUCCUUCCUUGGCCGAGCUAGCAGCGGAUUCAUUGCGGAUCGUUUCGGCGCAUGGCGCGUGUACAUCUUCCUCGCCCUCCUCACCAGCUCUACCCUCUUCGCGUUCUGGUGUGCAACCCCCAUGCCACCGGCAGCUGCGGUUAUUGGAUUGGCAGGGUACGGCUUUGCCAGCGGCGCUUGGAUCACGCUUGUGUCGGCUGUGACUGCAGCCAUUGCGCCUCCAGAGGAAUUGGGCACGUGGAUCGGCGUGCUCUGGACCGCUAUUUCUCCCCCCAUCCUCGCGGGCCCCGUCAUCAGUGGCGUCCUCAUUGAGAAGGCUGGGGGUGCGUUCACGUACGCGGGAGUGUUUUGCGGCGCAACGUAUCUGGUCGGGACGGGGAUUACCUCUCUCCACUUUGUGUUUGGGGGCCGGAAAAAGGGGGAGGAUGUGGAGAACGACAAGCCCGAGGUGAUGCAUGGGGAGGAGAAGUGA